UAAUCGUCUAGAAUUUAUCUAAAAGGAAGGCCUAAAUUGAUUUUUUUUUACUGUGAAAAAGACGUGCGCUUUUUUUUUUUUCAAUUACGCUAUACCAUAUCACACAUUGCGAUGGCGCCUACGAGACCUUCGCGCGGAGCCGCCAAGGAGAAUGGCACAACGGCUGAACCGGCAACUGAUGAUGGAGCCCCAGUAAAGCGCGGCCGCGGCCGUCCCCCCAAAAAUGGCGUCGCAGCUCAAGUUAAGAAAGCUCCCUCGGGUCGCCCUCGUGGCCGUCCUCCCGGCGUCAAGAAGACCGUUAAGCCUACUCCAUCCAAGCCUGCCGCCAGCAGCGGUCCUGGUCGUCGUGGACGCCCUCGCAAGAGCGAUGCGGGCUCCGCCACCACCACCCCAAAGAAAGCUACGACUCCUAAGUCUGCCGCAUCCAAGCCCUCUAGCACAGGAAAGGGACGCGGCCGACCACGCAAGAGCGAUGUUGCGCCUGUUAAGGAGCCUGAGGAGGAGGAAGACGAUGACGCUGAAGGAAAGGAAGAGGAUGAUGAAGAUGAAGCGGGUGAUGAUAUCGCGAUGGAUGACGAUGCUGAAGAUGACGACGCGGCCGACGAUGACGAAGACGCUCCUCAAGAGGAGGAUUAGGGCACCGAAGUCCGCGCGUUAUACGUGGGUGCUUUUCUAUCCAAUGUCCUCAGACGUAUCAGUAACGUAAGGAGUGCUCCUGCUGCUCCUGAGAACUGAGGACUCGAUGCUUCUAUUAUGCGAAGUAUGCGAAGCAUGGUCAUUUCGGUCUUCUGUGUGAGCAAUACUCGGUUGUAUGCGAACACUUGGGCAUAGGGGAGAUGGGGUUUUCUUUUACGAUUGGCUGAGAGUAAUGGCGUUGAUAGGGAGGAGCUGGCUUGUACACAUACUUCUGAAGCAGUAAUGGCUUCCUAGUCUAUUGUGACUACGA